AUGUUGAAGAACUGCAUGCAAGCAUUCCUCCUCACCCUCUGGGCCUCACACACUUGUGCCAAAGCUCUGGAGGCUCCCAUUCCAGGCUACGGCGUCUUUGUCCCGCGAUGGGAGAUCACCGGUCCAGACGGUAAGAACCUCGUGCUCCGCGGCACGGUUGAGGAGGUCGCAGGCCAGCUCCGCAGCAUGAACCCGGAUUGGGAUCACAAAGCCGCCACCCGCGAUCUUCAAGACCGCGCCGUCUUUGACGAUAAGUCGAACACGCUCUGCCACAACUUCCGCGAAGGCAACCGCUCGGCUGCCACGCUGGAUAUUGACUACCUUCGCUCCGUGCCUGGGAAGCCACUGAAUGGAGCUGGCCCGGCGAAUUGCGGAAGAGUAAGCUGCCGGAACUCGACCGGAAUCUGGUGGUGCAACGACGUCAACAGCCCCAAGGAGCUCACUUCCUUCGCUGACAUUGCAGACGGCGCCAGCCGCGUCUUGAGCGUCUGCACAGACAAGUUGGACGCCAACCAGGGAGAAGCAAUGACCGUCAGUGGCCAAGCCUUCCAUCCGGAAAACUGGAACGUGGUCAUUCGGGGUGGCGACGAUUGUUCUAACUCUGGCCAGAACAUCUCAGCCAGAGGACUGAAGCUGUCUCGUUUCUUCAAGUUUUUGUGA